CAGCUACACUCACCAAUCGUCGUAUGUCAUGCAAAGUAACUGGAAGAGCAGUGGAUAUUGUUUUUAAUAUAACAAACGGAUAAGUGUUUAAAAGCUCCGACAUACUCGUGAUUUUGUUGUUGUUGGUGUUUUUUUUUUUUUUUUUUUACUCAGGAUUUACGCGCACUGAAAUGGCCAUGGCGCAUUUUACGCACUGCAGGUAACCAGUGUUUUGGGGGCUCAAACAACCAAAAACAUGGAUUAAACAGCAAGUCAGUUUUGCUUUUACUUAAGGAGAGCUCAAAUGGCGGCACUUCGUAGAAAAUUUGGCGAAGACUACCAAGUGGUUAACACGAAUCGGGCAACCACUUUUUCCGCUCCGGUCAAGAAGAAACGCCAGCGCUUCGUGGACAAGAACGGUCGCUGCAAUGUGCAGCACGGAAACCUCGGCGGAGAGACCAGCAGGUACCUCUCUGACCUCUUCACCACUUUGGUGGACCUGAAGUGGCGAUGGAACCUGCUCAUCUUCAUCCUAACUUACACGAUCGCCUGGCUGGUCAUGGCAUCGAUGUGGUGGAUCAUCGCGUACAUCAGAGGAGACCUAAAUCACGGCCACGACGCGUCCUACACCCCCUGUGUGGCCAAUGUUUACAACUUCCCCUCAGCUUUUCUGUUUUUCAUCGAGACUGAAGCCACCAUCGGCUACGGCUACCGGUACAUCACAGAGAAGUGCCCGGAAGGCAUCAUCCUCUUCUUGUUCCAGUCGCUGCUGGGCUCCAUAGUGGACGCCUUUCUCAUCGGCUGCAUGUUCAUUAAAAUGUCCCAACCUAAGAAACGCGCGGAGACGCUCAUGUUCAGUCAGGAUGCGGUGAUUUCUCAGCGAGACGGCAAACUGUGCCUCAUGUUCCGUGUGGGGAACCUGAGGAACAGCCACAUGGUGUCCGCUCAGAUCAGGUGCAAACUCAUAAAGUCUCGUCAGACACCCGAAGGUGAGUUCCUGCCUCUGGACCAGUGUGAAUUGGAUGUUGGUUUCGGGACAGGAGCAGACCAGCUCUUUCUGGUGUCCCCUCUCACCAUUUGCCACGAAAUCAAUCCCAAGAGCCCCUUUUUCGACUUAUCCCAGCGCUCCCUCAUGAACGAACAGUUUGAGAUUGUUGUUAUCCUUGAGGGCAUCGUGGAGACCACUGGUAUGACAUGCCAGGCACGGACGUCAUAUACCGAGGAUGAGGUUUUAUGGGGCCAUCGCUUCCUGCCAGUGAUGUCCCUGGAGGAAGGCUUUUUCAGGGUAGACUACUCUCAGUUCCACAGCACGUUUGAGGUACCGACACCACCGUACAGCGUCAAGGAGCACGAAGAGAAGAAUUCACUGCCCUCGCCACUAUCCACUCCCACCCCUGCACUGACUGAGAGUCACGGUGCCCGGCGUGACCGGGUGUUUUCUGUGGAUUGCAUUAACACAUCAGAGGACAGGAGGGGAGGGAUUGGGGGUCGACUGCCGAGCAAGCUGCAGAGGAUGAGUUCAUCUGGGAAAGAAGACCUGCAGAGGAAGGUGCUUCUGCUCAGCUCCCAGCACUCAGAGAAGGCCUGCAGCACAGGAGACCUGCCCCUAAAGCUGCAGCGCCUCAGCUCCUCGCCAGGACCCGAGGCGGAGAAUCGGCUGCAACUCAAGUCCCUCAAGGUGGGCUUUGAACCCAUGACCCAGUCUACUGGUGAUCUGUACCAGCACAGCUUAACGCCCAUGCUGUCCCCUGCUCCGGUCCCCAUGCACAGCCCACUGCUCUCAGCUGGAGGAAGGCCAGAGGACAACCUGCCAGCAAAGCUACGGAAGAUGAACGCCGACCGCUGAAAUCCAAACAGUCCCACAAGAACAGACUCCCACUGACCUCCAACCACAGACAGACCGGAGGAGACGGGCAUGGAUUUAGAGAUGUACUUUACCUUUGGAGGCUUUAAUAGGAAAGAAACAGAUGGGUCUACUGACAAUUUAUUGAUUUUUUUUUCUUUUUCUCGAGACACAACCUUUAUUGGAAUUACUGUGAUUUUUGUGUUUCAUAGCAGAGGCAAUCAUGCAGGCUUUGUUACACACAAAAGAAGAAAACUUCAUGCUUGAUGCGAACUUGAUCAUUCUGCAAGAGUUGUGCAUGUAUACACUAAAUCCAU